AGAGGCCUUAACACAUGGAUUUCCUUCCAAAAAUGCAGACCCAUUUUAAUUAAAUUUGUAAUUAACCUUUGGGGAGGGCAGGCCCCCUAGACUCGGUUUGCAUUCGGAGACACCAACAAGAUGGGAGUCAUGGCUGUGUUGAUGCUGCCCCUGCUGCUCCUGGGAAUCAGCGGCCUCCUCUUCAUCUACCAAGAGGUGUCCAGGCUCUGGUCGAAGUCGGCCGUGCAGAACAAGGUGGUGGUGAUCACAGACGCCCUCUCAGGACUAGGCAAGGAGUGCGCUCGCGUGUUCCACACGGGCGGGGCCAGGCUGGUGCUGUGCGGGAAGAACUGGGAGAGGCUGGAGAGCCUAUACGAUGCCUUGAUCAGCGUGGCUGAUCCCAGCAAGACAUUCACCCCUAAGCUGGUGGUUCUGGACCUCUCAGACAUCAGCUGUGUCCCGGAUGUGGCAAAAGAAGUCCUGGAUUGCUAUGGCUGCGUGGACAUCCUCAUCAACAACGCCAGCAUGAAGGUGAAGGGGCCUGCCCAUAAGAUUUCUCUGGAGCUUGACAAGAAGAUCAUGGACGCCAACUACUUCGGGCCCAUCACUUUGACUAAAGCCCUCCUUCCCAACAUGAUCUCCCGAAGAGCAGGCCAGAUCGUCUUAGUGAAUAACAUCCAGGGGAGGUUUGGGAUCCCGUUCCGGACGGCUUAUGCGGCCUCCAAGCACGCAGCCCUGGGCUUCUUCGACUGCCUCCGAGCAGAAGUGGAGGAGUACGACGUGGUGGUCAGCACUGUGAGCCCCACCUUCAUCUGCUCCUACCACGUUCACCCAGGCCAAGGGAACUGGGAAGCCUCCAUUUGGAAAUUCUUUUUCAGGAAGCUGACGUAUGGCGUGCACCCGGUGGAGGUGGCUGAGGAGGUGAUGCGCACCGUGAGGCGGAAGAAGCAAGAGGUCUUCAUGGCCAACCCCAUCCCCAAGGCCGCCGUGUAUAUCCGCACCUUCUUUCCGGAGCUCUUUUUUGCCGUGGUGGCCUGUGGGGUCAAGGAGAAGCUCAGUGUCCCAGAGGAGGGUUAACUGCAGGAAGCCAGUG